UUGGAGACACACAGACCCACCACAAGCCAUAGAACCAAAGGGCUCUCUCCUUCUCCCCAUGUUUUCUCUUCUUUACUUCUUUGUCUGAUAAAACUGUCAUCAACCUCCUCCUCUUCCCACUCUCUCUCUCUUUCUUCCCCCCUCUUUUUUUUAUUCUUCUUUUUUCCCUUGCAAAUAUUUUAUAAAAUUGAUAUGUGUUGAAGGCAUAUUUGCUUAAGAGCUGAACCACAUCAUCGUCUUGAACGUUUGAAUCUAUGGAACAGCUUGUCAACUUCAUCAUCCGGCCACCAAGAGCUGAAUAUGACCCCAAAAGUGAUUUAUUGGAUCAGGAGUUCAUGCUGAAAGGAAAAUGGUAUCAACGGAAGGAUGUAGAGAUAAAAAACAGUCGGGGUGAUGUUCUUCAAUGCAGCCAUUACUUGCCUAUAGUCAGCCCUGAAGGAAAGCCUCUGCCGUGUGUAAUAUAUUGUCAUGGAAAUAGCGGAUGUAGGGCUGAUGCUAGUGAAGCUGCUAUAAUUUUACUUCCCUCAAACAUUACAGUUUUUACUCUGGAUUUUUCUGGCUCUGGAAUUUCUGGAGGGGAGCAUGUCACUCUAGGCUGGAAUGAAAAGGAUGAUCUGAAGGCUGUCGUCAACUAUUUGCGGGAUGAUGGAAAUGUCUCUUUAAUUGGCUUGUGGGGUCGCUCAAUGGGAGCUGUAACCAGCCUUAUGUAUGGAGCUGAGGAUCCUUCAAUUGCAGGGAUGGUUUUAGACAGUCCCUUUUCUGAUUUGGUUGAUUUGAUGAUGGAACUUGUAGAUACAUAUAAAGUUCGUCUGCCAAAGUUUACUGUGAAGUUUGCAAUCCAGUACAUGCGAAGAGCGAUCCAAAAGAAGGCAAAAUUUGACAUAACGGACCUCAAUACAAUUAAGGUGGCAAAAUCUUGUUUUGUUCCAGCUCUACUAGGCCAUGCCAUUGAUGAUGAUUUUAUACAGCCCCAUCACUCUGAUCGAAUAUUUGAGGCUUACAUGGGAGACAAAAACAUAAUUAAAUUUGACGGAGAUCACAAUUCUCCUCGUCCUCAGUUUUACUUUGAUUCCAUAAACAUCUUUUUUCACAAUGUUUUGCAACCUCCGGAAGAUGAGGUUGGGGAAUCAUUUUUUGACCCCAUGAAUGAUUACUUUGGUAAGGAUGUUUGGAGAUCUGUGCACGAAUUAGGCUACAGCAAUGAAUCAUCAUCUAAAAACAAAGAUGCAGAACCAUCAACAAGCAGCACGAUAAAUGCCAUUGAGCAGGUCCGUUCAAGACGACCAAUGAGUAGGAUGGAGGUUCCAUCUGAUAUUUCUUCGAAAGAUGAACAUCGUGAACAUGAGGAGAAGUGCGGCAAUAUUUCCCCAUCAUCAUCAUCAAUGAUAAGCUUUGAAUUGUCAAAUGGUGAUCCCUUUGGGUCCCAUGUUCCAGCCACAUUGGAAGAUGAUCAGUAUGUAGAAUAUCAACUAGAUGACCUUGCAGGUUUUCCAUCUACUGCAGAGGAGGAAGAAAGAAUGUUCAUGGAAGCAGUGAUGGAGUCACUGAAGGACCUGGAAGUACGAAAUCCAAAUGCAGAACAACCAACAAGUAGUGUUAGUUCUGUGUAUGUAGAUGCUGUAGAGCCGUCUGAUAAAGAUGCUUCUUCAGGAGAGAUUUCGAGACCGGUGGAGACAGAAUCUUCCUCACUCAAACACACCACAGAGUCAAAAUUCAAAACCACUUCCUCGACAUCAGAAGAAUUUGAGCCAUUGAACGGUGAGUCAAAUUCCAUUUCAGUGAAACAUUCCCAAAAUGUGGUGUCGGAGCCAAGUCCAGUACCAAGUGUUUCAUUAGAAGGACCAGCACAUCUGCAGCUGCAGCCACCACCAUCGGCACCUACUGACACAUCAUCAGUAACUGAGUCCAGCAAUACAAGUGGUUCUGCUAGUAGCGAUAGUUCUGCUAGUUUACAAAGUUCAUCAGAGACUGAUGUAUCACAUAACACGAAAGCCACAGUAACUGUUGUUAGGAAUCCCGCAGGCCAUGUCAUGGAUGGCUUAAUGCGUCGAUGGGAUUUCAAUUUUUUCAAGAACAAAUAGUCACAACCGAUGAUCAGAUGAGAGAUUCUCAUGUAUACAUUGUUUUUGUAACUACAAGAAAACAAAAAUCAUAGUUUGUACCAAAGAAAAUAGGUUGCUCGUGUGUAAAUUUUGUAUGUUUAGAUUCUCAACUAACAAAUCAUCCAAUAUUCUUUGACUGUAAGUGAGAAUUGUCAUAUUUUGUUGUUUUUAUGAACGAUGUCUACACCAUUGUACGCAUCAUUUGAACAAAGGUUCUCGUCUUUCGUUCCCUUUAUUUGCCGAAGCUAAGCUUAUAUACAUGAUGCACUUGCCAGGAUGCUAUGCUUGUAUUUGUAUCCUAGUGUGGAUGGAAAUGUAUUCCCUACAUUUAAUUGUUUCA